AAGAUUUGUCAACCGAACUCAGAUACCGCACAUGUAUUGAAAUGGUGUCUAGAAAAGACUUUUACACGUCUCUUCCAAUUGCCAAGAACAUUAUUUGGGUUUCACCUAAUUACAUUACCUCAACAUUUGAAUGUGCUUCAAAACAUGGUUGGUCAUCUAUGUGGACAUUGCUAGCACUUGCUCAAGUUAUAUGUAUACCCAUCAAAUCUGUUUACCCACCAUUAAAUGGAGAGAAUGACCUUUCGUUCAAGACACUAAACUUAACAGCAAUCCCUCGCAAUUGCCUAGAUGAAAGUGUAUAUGUAACAGUUAUGUGGACACGCGCCUCUUGCCACAAUCCAAAACAGAUAUGGACACCUAACCAUUUCGUUCCACUUAUUGUUCACAAGGCUCCUAACAUCAAUGUCAGUACUAAUAUUUCAACAGUCCACUCUCCAAAGAGCCAUGACCAAACCAAUGAGUUAAUGUCCGAUACAGAACAAUGUAACAACACUGACGAAACAAAAGAAGUAGCAUCUACCUCCACCAGUGAUGUUAACUCUCUAAAUAGUAGCUUUUCUAGUGAACAUGACACCGAGAGUACUAUGGCCCCAUCUACUUAUCAGUUACCAAAUAAUCAGAACUUAAAUGCAACACAACUGCUGUCUAUUAUGUUAGAUCAACAACUUGUAGUAGUCGACUCCAUACCAACUGGUUUCAAAGACAAUGUUUACUGUGUUCUGGACAAUACAAGUAAUAUGUCUCGACGACAGAGUUCCAAAUACAGCAAUUUCACAGAUGACUGCGGUGCCUGGGACACACACAGCGGCCGUACUAACAAAACCGAUUUUAUCAUUCAGUCUGGCAAUAUUUUAAAGGGGACAACCAAGAAAGACGGUGUUUUCUGUUACGAAAAAAAGAAUAAAGGGAAAAAAACUUUAAUACCUUAUAAUCCACAACCAGAUAAUGUUGUCACACUUAACAGAUACUACACAUCAUUGAAACGUGAUAAGUCAUACAAGAAACGUGUAAGUUGGUUUACUAAUCUACCAGACACCCUCUCAGAUCUUAGUAACACAGCAGUUGCAGAAUACUCGGGUGUGGCUCCACGACAAGGUGUACCACAUGGCAAUGCCCAACAUUCAUCACAAGAGUAUGUCAGAACUGAUCCAAAUGUAAUAGACAAGGUUAAGGAGGGUCUUUCUCACAAACAGUCUUGUUCCGAGAUCUAUAAAAAUAUGGUUUUAGAUAAUCCCGAGUCAGCUCCACGUGAUCAUCAUCAAAUCCGCAAUCUUGCUUACAACCAGAAAAAACAUCAUAAAUCUGCACCUCUUGGCAAUAUAGCAGACGAGAUUGUUCAUAUCUUUUCUCUUGUAAACAACUCAGACUUUGUAAAAGAAGUAGUAUACACAGAAGGUAACAACAAGCCACCAUCAAUAAUCUGCUAUACAAAAGACAUGAUGAAGGACAUGACACAGUUUUUAAAGUCUGUUAAUGACCGUAUACUUGGCGUUGACAGGACUUUUAACCUUGGUGCUGUCUUUGUUACAAACUUUGUUUACAAGAACACAAAAGUUAUUAGAAAAGAAACUGGGGAGCAUCCAAUAUUCAUUGGUCCAUUAUUUCUGCACUGGGAAGGCUCUUAUUUAAAUUACCAUACCUUCUUUUCGCAUGUAAAAGCACGCAUUCAAGAGUCAAUUAAAAUCAUUGAUCUAAGAAUUGGAAGUGACGAUGAAAGUGGUCUCACCAAAGCUUUAGAUGACGUCUUCCCAUAUCCUGGAACAACUCGAAUGCUCUGUACUAAACACAUGAAAGACAAUGUCUCUGAUCAUUUAAAGAAUAAAGUUGGUUGCAAUGACAAAGAUCGCUUAGAAAUUAUUGACAAUAUUUUUGGGUCUACUGGACUUGUUACAACAGAUGAUUCAGUAGAAUUUGACCUCAAAUCAAAUGAAAUCGCUGAAAAAUAUCCACAGUUUGCCACUUAUUUUAAAGCUCAUCUGAAAGAUAGACUCUUUGAUCAUGUCAGUGUCCCAAUGAAACAGCUUAAUAACCAGGACCGCUUAUGGACAAAUAAUAAUUGUGAGUCCAUCAAUCAUGUUUUCAAAAAGUCAAUAAAUUGGAAGCCACAAAGUCUACAAGACCUAGUCACUAACCUUCAUGACAUCACAAGAGUCCAUUUUGCUGAUCUGAAAAGAGCGUUAUAUGGGACCGGUAACUAUGAACUUUUCGGUAAUUACACAAGUCAUAAAGUAUCACUGCAGUGUUGGUUGUCUAAAACACCAGAACAGAAAGAUCGACUUUUUCUAAAACUUGUGAAUGACUGCAAAACAGCCAACAGUGCCCGAGUCGUUCGAGCAGUGAACACUAAUUUUGAAAUCCCACUACCGCAAAGACUAGCAAAAAAACCAAAUCAGAACAAAAGACCAAGGCUGUGUCGUACAAAACCAAGAUAUUAAAUCUUUGAUGUGUAUAUAGACAAAUCAUAACUUAUAUUUGCUUGUGACUCUUUGUUAUAUUUAUUUAUUAUUUAUUUAUUGAUAAUGUCAUCCUUACUUAC